GUCGUGGGACCUGGCCUUCCACACCGUGGCCCUGGCGCUGGUCGACCCCCACAUGGCCAAGGAUCAGCUGCUGCUCUUCCUCCGGGAGUGGUACAUGCACCCCAACGGUCAGAUACCAGCUUACGAGUUCGCGCUGGGAGACGUGAACCCGCCCGUGCACGCCUGGGCCGUCAUGACCGUGUACCGCGGGAGUGCUGGCAGGGGCCGGCGAGACACCAGGUUCCUGGCCAGGGCCUUCCUCAAGCUCUCCCUCAACUUUACCUGGUGGGUGAACAGGAAGGAUCCCAGCGGGAAGAACGUGUUCGGAGGCGGCUUCCUCGGGCUGGACAACAUCGGCGUCUUUGACAGGUCGAAGCCUCUUCCGGUCCGUGGCCAGCUGGAGCAGGCCGACGGCACUGCGUGGAUGGCCUUCUUCUGCGUGGUGAUGCUGGACAUGGCCCUCACCCUGGCCGAGCACGACCCCGUCUACGAGGACAUGGCCUCCAAGUACUUUGAGCACUUUAUCCUCAUUGUGGACGCCAUCAACGCCUCGGGCCAGGGUCGUGGGCUGUGGGACGACGACGACGGCUUCUAUUACGACUACAUCAGGCGGGAUGACGGUACAUCCAUGCCUCUCAAGGUAAGGCGCGGCCUGCCUCACGCUAGCCGGAGG